AUGUCAGGACGCAGACAGUCUGCUGAGUUCCGCGAGGAACAUGCUAAUUUCUGGACCCUCAUACAGCAGAUCAUCCAUGGUCUUAGAAAUAACUACCCAGCAGACCAAGACGAGAUCAUUGGCCGGAUGGGCCAGCUCAAUCUCCAGCUCUCGACCCUUCGACGAGCCGGAGAGAUGAUGGGUGGGAGUUACCCACCAAGCGAUAUCGUCCGCAAUGCUCCACCUCAGUACUUCACUGCCCGCACUCAACGCCAUCAGAAUUACUUCGGUACCGAGUUUGGGUAUUCCUGCUGGUAUACCCAAGCCCAGCUGGCCUACGCCAUUGCAGACUUUCUCCACCAGAGAGACCACACGCGAGUAGCCGACCAGCUGGAGCAGUUGUUAGCGAGUUGGCAAUUGACCGAGAUGAGAGUCUUCCCCCGCCAGCUUCCUACACCCAAUCCCGUCCAACAGCCCGCCAAUAUCGUGCAUAUAGAUGGCCCGCCAUACUAUACACCAGGCGGUCCUGAACCAAGCAUCAAGACCACCAAGACAGCAAGGGCUGCUGGGCCAGUUCGCACCCACCCACGUGUCCAUAUCACUAUGCCCGCCCCAACCGACACUAUUUACGGCGUGGCACGGCAGACACGCCAUCGCGCUGCACCAUACCCUGAACGGGGUGUUCGCCCGAGACGUCGUGGCAAUGCUAGACUAACCCCGCCGAUGCCUCAGAUGGCUCUUCCACUCCCUAAUAUUAUGCAGAACGGUGAUGCUUUGCAUAUGCCAGUGCCGACUCUUCCCGGUGUUCAGUCCCUUUUCACCCCACACAUCCUCCCCGGUGGACGUGCUCUGCCUGGUGCACCCAGUACGUCUGGGCCACCCCCACGUGGUAUGCAGUUCCCGUCUAAAGCACCAGCGCCUAACACUGGUGAUACUGUGUCUAUUUUGAAUGCCAAUAUCGGGGAGACUUUGAAUAGAGACCAGUCCCGUCAGGACCCCGGCGCUCGCCGUUGA